GCGGGAGGAAACGUUACCAAAGAGAGUCGGUGCGGGACCUCAGUCCGGCUUAAGUUCUGGAGACCAACAGGGUAUGAAGAGACCAGAGUCCUGGGGGUCAGACUGGAUCUAAAACCGGAUCGAGACACGGAAAUUGUUUUACUUUAAACUCGGACAGAAGGACUCGGUUUGACUCGGCUUUGUUCGCUUCAGCUCCGGAUAUAUAAAAAACAAGUUUCCUUUUAAUCUCUAAUUAAACAGUUUCGGUUUUUUUUUGUUGCUGGUUUUCACCGUCGGACUUUCAUGUCAUUCCGAGAGUAGAAGAAGCUUCACAACAGCUGACUGACGACACAUUGCGCAACCGACACGAUAAUAAGGACACAAAGACGUCAUCACCAGUACGGACGGUCCUCUCCAGUUCUCCCAUUAUCACCGCUGCUGCUUCCACUCGGAGCUCAAAACUUAACAAGAAAACCUUUUGUUUUUUACGUCUUAGGCAACUUCUGCUCCACAUACAGACGGGCAAAGGCCAUCAGCACCUUGUUGACUCAACUGGGUCCUUACUGGAUCUACUGGUUUCCUGUUGACAUACAGUCCGGACCAGUCUGUCUGUCUGAAGUGCACAAGAUGAGCAUGGGCGAGACCGCAGCCAGAUCUCAGCUGUGCCUGAAGAGGCUAUUGGACGAGCCCCAGGAGAAUUUACCAAAAUGUAAACUAGCCCGUCUGAGUCUGCACACUCCGGCCCCCGGCCUAUCCCCCUGCCUCAGGCCCAGAACCCCCGCCCCCAAGUCCAAUCAGAGCCAAUCCCCAUCCAGAGUCGGACCAUACAUCCUGUUUGAACGCUGCGAGGGGGAGGAGACUUACAGGGCUGAACACGCACUCACAAAGCAGCCAUACACCUGCCAGGUGCUUCCUCUGCGUGGUUACCCGGAGCGGUUGGCUGUCUACAACCGGAUCGGUCACCAUGACAACAUCUGCAACCUGCUGGACGUGGUGAUUGGCCAGGACAGCGUGUACGUCUUCCUCCCUGGUCACCACGGCGACAUGCACGCGUACGUGCGAAGCAGGAAGCGUCUAGGCGAGGAGGAGGCGGGGCAUCUGUUCACUCAGAUGCUGAAUGCCGUGAUGCACUGUCACUGCCACGGAGUCGUCCUGAGAGACCUGAAGCUCCGCAGGUUCGUCUUCACUGACAAAUACAGGACGCGUCUUGCCCUGCUCGGUCUCAACGACUGCAUCCUCCUGCAUGGUAACCUCGAUGACGACUUUCUGACGGACAGACAUGGCUGCCCCGCCUACGUCAGCCCCGAGCUGUUGACCAAUGGUAACGGGUCUUAUUCAGGCCGCGCUGCAGACAUCUGGAGUCUGGGCGUGUCUCUGUACACCAUGCUGAUUGGACGUUACCCGUUUCAGGACACUCAGCCCGCCGCGCUGUUCACCAAGAUCCGCCGCGGGGCCUUUAGCCUGCCUGAUUGGCUGUCACCGCAAGUCAAGUGUCUGAUUGGCUGCAUGCUGAGAAAGACGCCCGCAGAGAGGCUGGAGGCGUCUGAGCUGCUGAUGCACCCGUGGCUGACCAGUCCCUUCACGCCACAUCACAACAUGCAGAAGACUCAUCACAGCUCACAAAAAACACUACAGAAUAAACAAGAGGACGAUGACCAGGUGGUGCCAACAUGGACGAAAAAACAAUAACAUUCACGCUUGUACUUCUAUACUUGUGAGGACCCACAUUGAUGUAAUGCUUCCCUUAGCUCCUAACCUGUGGUGGGAGAAGUAUCUUUUACUUAAGGAAAAGUAGCAGUACUACAAUGUAGAAAUACAUUACAAAUACAAAUCUUAUUUGAAAUACAAAUAAAAGCCCUGCAAUCAAAAUCUUACUUAUUAGUACUAAAUACACAGUAUUGGGCAGAAUGGCCCAAUUCAUAAUCAUAUAUAUGCAACUGGAUUAUAAUUAUUGAUGCAUUAAUGUAUACAUCACUACUGGGUACCUUAACCUAUAAUAAUAUAUCAUAAUUUAUUCAUUGAUUUAUAUUUUGUAUUAAUAAUAUAAAUAUGCAAAGUAACUAAAGCCUUCAAAUACAUGUAAUGAUGGAGUAAAAAGUACAAUACUGGCUAAAACGUAGCAGAGUAGAAGUUUAACGUACUUAGUGACGACGAUAAAAUGGAUAUACUCAAGUACAUGGACCUCGAAAUUUAGUAAAAUGUGGCAAACCACCAAUGCUCCUAACAUUAACCAUCUCAGCUUCUUAAUCCCAACCUUUUCACUUAACCUAAACCUGAUUCUAACUUUAACCCUUAAACCAGUUAUAAACCCUGAGAAACCUUUUGAAGAGGUGACGAUCAAAAACUCUAAUUGGUCCUCGCAAAGAUAGACAUACAAGAGUGCAUGCAUGCACGCACGCACACACACACACACACUACAGAGACAAUCUGAUCCUGGAUUACUUGACCCGACCCUCAGGUGCCUUCCUCUCACUGUAGCUGUGUCUCAAUUCAAGCUCCGCCUCCUUUAAACAGGGCGUGGCCCAUGACAGUGGCCGCACCUUGAGGCUUGAACCUGCUCCUUGUCCUCCACAAAUCAGAACAGAUGGUGUGUUCAGGUGCAAUUUGUCAACUUGUAAAGUGGAGAAUGUCUCAGUUCCCCUUGAGCACAGCUAAAUCCUAAUAUUAUUAAACUGAGGACUUACUGACAUCCUGCAGGUGCAAUUUCAUUGAUCAAUGUAAUAAGGAAAAUAACACCUGGUCACAUGAUCAUCUCUGAUUUAAGAAGUUGAUGAAGAGUGAACACACCCUUGGUUUUAAAGUGGACUUGCAGCUUCUUUCUCUCAGUGUUUACACUUUCUGAUUGCUCCCUAGAAAUAUAUUUAGAAGGAUCGGUCAGUGUUGUGAAGUCCCCAGCAACAGAAUCAUCUUUAUGAAAACCAGAAAUAACCCGGAGAGCUGCCAUGAUCGCUAAAAAUAUUUAUAGGCCUGUUAUCUGAAGAUCAAAACUUUAAAUACUUCUAAAUUCUGUUUUUUUGUGGUACUUAUACAAAAGGACAAUUUACUCAUUAUUAUUAUUUUUAGAUAUAAACUGAUUCAUAGUUUUCUUGACAUCUAAUGGGUAACAAUCAAAAAUGGCUUUGAUCAACAAUCCUCCCAAAAUAACAACAGUUAAAUUUGAUCUUGAGAAAACUAUUUCUGAUAUGUCAACGUAACAAAUCUCAGGAUAAAGGAUCUAAAAUAAAAACCAUGUGUUGCAUCAUAAGAAAAUGAAACUGUAAUCUUGAGAUAACCAGACUAAAAUUAUUAUAAGUCUUCUGUUCCCUUUGACUGAAGCUGACCGAUCACGAUCAGACACCCCUGCAGCCAGCUAAUAGGACGACUUCUUUUGGAUGCGUCAUUCAGUCCACGGCUACAGCUGGAGAAUAAAUAAAGUUCUUUCACAAACUG